UUCAUCCAAAGAGAAAUCAGGCACGACAAAAGUUGGCUACAAUAGCAGUACCAAGAUUUAAAGAUUUAGCAAGUGACGUCUUUUCUGAAUUGACGAGAAGAUAUGCCAAUCUAUUUCAAGAAGAUGUAAGUUAUUUGUUUAUUAGUAUGUUUAUUAACUUUUAAUCACAGGAUUCUCACCUGCCACCUGUUCCACAAAUGCCUAUGAUGGAUUCAAAAUUGUAUGACAAGGUUCAACAACCCAGCAAAUCUACUCAUAUUAUUCCAGUCAAAGGCACCUUUAAUGUAGAGACGGUUGAUAAAUUCUCGGACGACGAAACGAUCCUGAAUAGCCCAGAUAGAACUUAUGUGAAUAGAUCACCCAUAGAUCAAAAGGAAUUCUUUAGUAGAAAUAAUAACAGUGAUGAAAAUGUAGAUAAGAUUCGUUCAGAAUACGAAUAUAAAAUGAAUAUGAUGCAGAAUCAUAUUAAACAAUUACAAGACAAAUUGGAGGAAAAGAAUGAUCAUAGUAUGGACAGUAUAGAUCGUGAAUUACUGGAUCAGUUACAAAAGGUUUCUUUAGUAAAUAAUAAUAAAAAAAAAAAACGCGUACUUAUGUUCGUAUAGAAAGAUGAAGAAGAUCAAAGAGUGAUUCGUCAAAUGGAAGAAC